AAAUGAGCAUCUUCAACAUGGCAGCGACCAGUAGGUGAAACUUCAAGUUUCCGGAAUAAAGGAAUGAGUUGAAGCACAUAAUAAAUGGACAUGGGGAUGUGCAUAUGCCGUGAGAAGAGAAAUCCAUCUUCAGCCGACGUAACGAAUGCCAGCUACUCGGCGGUUACAGUCGACUACCCGAAUCACGUUGAUGACGUGAGCAUGGCGAAGGUUCCCUCCGUCGACUCGCUGGUGCUGGAGACACUAGCAGUGAUCCGGUCGCUCGUCGACAAUGUUCAAGAACCACCGCAGGCAAUGCUGAGGCUGCACACGAUCGCAGAUAACGAGUCGGGCUGGAUAGCCGUGGUCAAUUCUAUGAUCAGCGUAAUUCCCAUGGACGACCCCCUAGGACCAGCGGUCAUCAAUCUACUUCUAGAUGAGUGUCCACUACCAUCCAAGGAGAGUGUGAUGAAGCUCUCUGACCAGCUUCACUUGUCACGCGACCUGUCCAUCACUGGUCGACAGUCACCGACAAGACAUCGCAACAUCGCCGUCGUGCUUGGCUGCAUUGCCGAGAAGCUUGCAGGACCAACGAGCAUCUCGCUGUUGACUGCCGACACGUUAGAUUACCUCCUCGCUAACUUGCAUACAAGCUGCGUUCCAUCUGUGAUACUGUAUUCACUCAUAGCCCUGGAGAAGUUUGCUCAGACUAGCGAGAACAAGUGGACGAUCGUUGCCGGACUUGAGCGAAGCGAAGCUCAUCCAAUACAAGCGCUAGAGAGUUGGGGCCGGGAUAACAAAAACUUUCUUAAACGCCAGGUUGCGUUCUGCGCGCAGUGGUGCUUAGACAAUCUGUUUACGGCGAAGGGACGGCAACUGUCUUACUUCAACGUUGACUACAGCAGCAUCAAUGCUAUGCUGAACAGCAAUGAUGUCAGCGAAUAUUUAAAAAUCUCAGCUAAUGGCCUCACGGCGCGCUGCGAUGCAUCGUCGUUCGAAAGCGUUCGCUGCACGUUCCAAGCGGACAGCGGCGUUUGGUACUACGAGGUCACAGUGAUCACAGACGGGGUCAUGCAGAUAGGCUGGGCAACUAAAGAUAGCAAGUUUUUCAACCACGAGGGCUACGGGAUUGGCGACGAUGAGUUCUCGUUGGCGUAUGAUGGCUGUCGGCAGCUGAUCUGGCACAAUGCCAAGAGCGUGCCGCACCAGCAUCCCUGCUGGGUGCCUGGCGACGUGCUGGGUUCCCUACUGGACCUGGACAAUCAACGCGUCCUGUUUUAUCUGAACGGGAAGGACCUGCCGCCGUGCCCGCAGGUGUUCGGCUAUGCCAGGUCCGGUUUCUUCGCGGCGGCCAGCUUCAUGUCGUUUCAGCAGUGCGAGUUCAACUUCGGGCUCCAGCCGUUCAAGUUUCCGCCGGCCGCCGUGCAAUUCCAGGUGUUCAACGAUCACGGCUCCCUACCGCUCGAGGAGAAGAUCCAGGUGCCUCGGAAAAACAGGCUUGAAUUGCUGAGACAGAUGAGCAUCAAGGAAGAUGCCUGCAGUCUGUGCUUCGAUCAGAUGGCCAACGUCAAACUGGUACCAUGUAAACACACUGGGUUUUGCAUGAUGUGUUCGAUACAGCUUGAGCAAUGUCCCAUCUGUAGAGCUGACAUCAUAGACCGCGAGGAGGAGGCGAGGUGACAAUGAGAUUGUGAUGGCUCAAAGGCACCACGUUGUACAUAGAUCUAUCAAAUAAUUUUAUAUUUAUUCGAUUUUCUACACAUGCACAGAAUGAAGUUCUGAGCAAAACGAGUUUGAUUAAAACUGUGUGCACUCUGGUUAAUUCAUAAGGAGUGGUAGUGAAAUAUUAGAAAAUUCUAGAUUUCUGUAAUUAUUUGCUUUAACCAUGCCUAAAUUAAAAAUGACGUGUCAGAUCGUGCAGGUCAAACAAUACACAGCAACAAAAUAUGGGCUUGCAAGAUAAUAUUGCACUGUUAUAAUGUGCUUGUUGGAAAAAAAACUCAGUAGAUGUGUAUAAUAUCUACAAUAUAU